UCCGGUUGGUCGGUCAAAGUUCAUAUAUUAGACACAGCGAGCUGCCGAUUGGCUGACAGCUAUAGUUAUGAAAGUGCAUUGGAUGGACGCACACACGCCUUCCGCCAACCUUAAAUAUCACUAGAGGAGACAAGGUCAUCCAUGCGUGUGUGACAAACAGGAAGCAUGCUGAAUGCACACAGAGUAUGGAGGACGCCGGCUGCCCGACACCUGGUCCGAGCAUACCUCUCCUCCUCGUCCUCUCACAUCCACACCUCCACGCCGUCGCUCAAUGACCAGUUGGAGCUGCACCCACAGUGGGCCAGCCUGGCCAAGAAGCAGCUGAAGGGGAAGAACCCAGAAGAUCUGAUAUGGCGCACACCUGAGGGCAUUAACAUUAAGCCAGUGUACACCAGAGCCGACUCAGCCCGUAAUGCAGAAGAACUGCCGGGGAUGUUUCCCUACACUAGAGGACCCUAUCCCACGAUGUACACCAACAGACCCUGGACUAUCAGGCAGUAUGCUGGGUUCAGCACGGUGGAGGAGAGCAACAAGUUUUACAAGGACAACAUUAAAGCCGGUCAACAGGGCCUCUCUGUAGCCUUUGACCUCCCCACGCAUCGGGGCUAUGACUCUGACAACCCCAGGGUCCACGGCGAUGUAGGCAUGGCGGGCGUGGCCAUCGACACCGUGGAGGACAUGAAGAUGCUCUUCGAUGGCAUCCCGCUAGAGAAGAUGUCUGUGUCCAUGACCAUGAACGGUGCCGUUGUCCCCGUGCUGGCGAUGUUUAUCGUGACUGGCGAGGAGCAGGGCGUCUCCAAGGCCAAGCUGACCGGGACCAUCCAGAACGAUAUCCUGAAAGAGUUCAUGGUGCGGAACACUUAUAUUUUCCCGCCGGAGCCUUCCAUGCAUGCCAUUGCGGACAUUUUUGCGUACACUUCACAGCACAUGCCCAAGUUCAACUCCAUUUCCAUCAGUGGCUACCACCUGCAGGAGGCUGGAGCCGAUGCCAUCUUGGAGGUGGCCUACACCAUCGCCAAUGGGCUGGAGUAUUGUCGGACCGGACUCAAAGCUGGCUUGACCAUUGAUGAGUUUGCACCUAGGUUGUCGUUUUUCUGGGGCAUCGGCAUGAAUUUCUACAUGGAGAUUGCCAAGCUGCGGGCAGGCCGGAGGUUGUGGUCUACGCUGAUCAAGGAGAAGUUCCAGCCCCAAAACUCCAAGUCUCUUCUUCUCCGCACUCACUGCCAGACGUCUGGUUGGUCUCUCACAGAGCAGGACCCAUACAACAAUGUUAUCCGCACUGUGAUCGAGGCCAUGGCGGCUGUGUUUGGCGGCACCCAGUCGCUCCACACCAACUCGUUCGACGAGGCGCUGGGCCUGCCCACGGUCAAGAGCGCCCGCAUCGCCCGUAACACGCAGAUCAUCAUACAGGAGGAGUCAGGCAUCCCCAAGGUGGCAGAUCCUUGGGGGGGGUCAUACAUGAUGGAGUCGCUGACCGACGAUCUCUACAACACAGCCUUGAAGUUCAUCCAGGAGAUUGAGGAAAUGGGCGGCAUGGCCAGAGCAGUAGCCGAGGGCAUCCCAAAACUGCGCAUCGAGGAAUGUGCGGCACGUCGACAAGCUCGCAUCGACUCAGGGUCAGAGGUCAUUGUCGGGGUGAACAAGUACCGCCUGGAGAAGGAGGAGACCGUGGAGGUGUUGGCCAUCGACAACACGCUCGUACGGCAGAAACAGAUCGAGAAGCUAAAUAAGGUGAGAGAGAGCCGCGAUGCUGGUGCUGCCAGCAAGUGUCUUGCCGCCAUUGAGGAAUGCGCACGGAACGGAGAGGGCAACCUCUUGGCGUUAGCUGUGGAGGCAGCGCGCGCCAGAUGUUCUGUUGGCGAGAUCACAGACGCCAUGAAGAAAGUGUUUGGCGAACACAAGGCGAGCACGCGCAUGGUGAGCGGCGCCUACCGCAGCGAGUUCGGUGAGCACGAGGAGAUCGCUCUGGUCCACAACAGAGUGACAGAAUUUAAGAGCCUUGAAGGCCGGAACCCUCGCCUUCUGGUGGCCAAGAUGGGUCAGGACGGCCACGACAGAGGAGCAAAGGUCAUCGCUACGGGAUUUGCUGACCUCGGGUUUGAUGUGGACAUUGGGCCGCUCUUUCAGACACCACCAGAGGUUGCCCAGCAGGCGGUGGACGCGGACGUGCACUGCGUCGGUGUCAGUACGCUUGCUGCCGGGCACAAGACGCUGGUGCCAGAACUCAUCAAGGAGCUACGCAAACUGAACAGGCCCGACAUCCUUGUUAUCUGUGGAGGUGUCAUCCCACCUCAGGACUACGACUUCCUGUACCAGAGCGGCGUGAGCGCUAUCUUUGGGCCGGGCACCAGGAUCCCGCAGGCGGCCGUGGAGGUAAUCGACAACAUCGAGAAGAGCCUGGAAAAGAUCCGACAGGCGAUGUAAAGAGAGUCGCAUUCCAGGAACUGGAUUCGUAAAAGGAGUUGAGUUGAAAAAGACACAUGUAAUCAUGGUGAAUGUGAUCCAGCUUGAAGUGAUGAUUGAAAGGCAUCAUGGAGUUUAAGAUCAUCAUUUUCAUGAAUAUUUUGUACUUGGUGUGAGGUCAACAAGAGGUCAGCCCUUUAUGGUCUGAAAUAAAAGUUUUGAUUAGUGCACAACAAA